CUGACUUCCCUGAUAUCACCAAAUGGUUUUAUGACUGUCUUGAGUGCUGUCAAGAAAGUGGCAGGCUUUGAUGAGGAGAACCACUUGUUCAAUACACCAAGUCUAGCACUUAAGCUGGGACAUACCUUAAGAAAGGCUGCCUUUGUGCUCCUGAGUAAGGCUUUGAUGGACAGAGAUGGGGAUGACAUGCAGAAACUUGUAGAAAAGUUCAUCAAGCUGCUGGACACUUGUUGGGGAUCUGAAAUCUCUACUCAUGCUCUACGAACUUUGUACCAGAGGAAACGAAACCAGCCCAAACUCCUACCCCUAACGAGUGAUGUUGUGGCUUUGUCAAGACACCUAGAGGUACAGGCUGAACUUUGUGUAGACAAACUGUCAUCUGGGACCGCAAUCGAAAACCAUAGCACAUGGAGAGAACUCAACAAGACCAUGCUGGCUCAUCUCAUUGUGUUUAAUAGGAGGAGACAAGGGGAAAUCAGCAAGAUGACUCUUGAUGACUACAAUAAAAUCAAGAAAGGUGAAUCUCAUAUGGUGGAAGGACAACUAGAGAUGCUGAAAGACUGGGAAAAAAAUCUUGUAAAGUUUCUCUGGAGAGUUGAGGUAGUAGGAAAACGUGGCAGGACAGUGCCGAUCCUUGUGACAGACUCCAUGAAAUCAUGUGUAGACACCCUUGUAUCCCACAGGGAGGAAGCAGGUGUAAACCCAAGCAACAAAUACCUGUUCGCCGUAGCCAAUAGUGACACUACAUCUCAUGUUCGAGGGUCAGAUGCUCUCCGUGAGCUGUCAGAAGCAUGUGGAGCACAAAAUCCUUCAACACUUCGAUCCACAAAAUUACGGAAGCAUGUAGCUACCAUGUCACAACUAAUGAGCUUGAGGGACCAUGAGAUGGACGCCUUAGCAAACUUCAUGGGCCACGAUAUUAGGAUACAUAGGGAGUAUUAUAGACUGCCAGAUGCUGCUAUGCAGGUGGCCAAAAUAUCAAAGAUCCUGUUCGCCAUGGAGGGAAAAGCUGGGAACCCGGUCCAGCUGAUUGGCACUGCAAAAAGUCUGGAUGAGCUUCAAAUCAAGUUAGAUGAAGAGAUCGACACUGGAGAACAGGGACCUGAAUCAUGUGAUGACAAUUGUGACAGCGAUGUUGAUUCUGGUGAUCAUGAUGUCGAACGUCAGCUACCUGGAUGCUCCCAAAAAGGUACCAAAAGGCAAAGGCAAACGCAACAUGUACUGGAAGAGGUUGAUGAACAGCCAAUAAGGAAGAAACGAAAGACAGCAUGGAGCGAUGCGGAAAAGUCGGCUGUCCAGAGACGUUUAGGAGCCUUUAUGACUGUUCAUUCUAAGCUACCUGGCAAGAGAGCGAUAGACGAAUGCUUGAAAGCUGAAGCUGUGCUGAAACACAGAACGUGGGUCAACAUCAAAGACUACGUAAGAAACUCGAAGGUUACCAAAAGCAGAAAAACACAGCCUUGGUAAAAACAUUCCCUUUAAUAUCAAAUCACCAUUUUUAUAUUGAAUACACACAUGCUUUUGUUUUGAGUCACCAAACUGCUGAAAAUGCUCAUAAAUUACAAGGCAUGUUCUUGUUAUUACAGUCUAAAAUGUGUAUUCUUUUAUAUUUGGUUUCUCCAUGUAUUCAUAAAAUGUUUACCCACUCUACUGGCAAAGGAUUUGUUAUUUUGAGGUUUUAUUAUCAUUUUUGUAGGCAUCCGGCAAUUUGUAAUUGUGUUAGGGUCUUAUUAGUGGACCUAUGCUUGGCCACUCCCAGAUAUCAAUGACAGGGAGCAUAUCGUUUAGGCAACAUGUACUGAUUACAAUGAGAAUUUUGCAGCAUGAGUUGGAAAUAUCCUAUUUGAACAAGAAAAAAAACCCAUAGAUUUUUUAACGAAAUAAAUCAGUGGAAGUUGUAAUCAAACAGUCAAGUAUUUGCAUUUACAUACCAUAAUGGCAGCAUAAGAAGGCAGUAGGGGAAUUGACUAGUGUAAUGCUUGUACAUUUGUGACACAAUUAAAACUUAAACAACAUUUAUUAUGAGAACACGUUCAGUAUAGUGUAUUAAUAUCAUCAUCAAGGGAGAGUGCCCUUACUAUGUGUAAAGGGUGCCCCUUUUCAUUUUGGACAGAACUUGUGUUGUUUCUGAUAUUAUUAUGGGGUUGUACUAAACACUCGGGUCGCGGCGCGCUGAAAAACACUCGGGUCACGGCUCGUUUGGCCAUCUUUUUUUAAGUGUCUUCAAAUCGGCUUUUUAAUAUAAGGGGGAAAUCUUAUUUCAAAUUAGCGACUGUUUUUACACUCGGGUCGCGGCUCGCUGGGCCAUUUUUUCAAUGAUGUCUUCAAAGGGGAUGCGUGGGGAAAUUUACUUUAAAAACGAAGUUGUAAGUUGUGAUUGUUUUUUGUUCAAUGAUAGACAAAUAAGAAGAUUAUAAUUAAGGCUGACAUCGGGAAAGACAAAUAUACUAGGUGGGUAAAGUGGAUUUUAGAUAAAGUGUAAUAGUACAUAGGUAUAUGAUCUAUUAAUAUGAUAGAAACAAGGAAGAAUGGAUACAGUGAGAAGAUGAAUUGUCGGAAAUUAAGAACUACCAAGAGAGGAAUACAAAAACAAAGAAUGAAAGAAUGAAAUGAAUAUUUCCAUCAUUCCUUGUAAUAUCCUAUCAAGUUUUAUUCCUCGCUUUAUUUUCAUAUUUGUCAGUCUUUAAAAAAUAUUCUUUCUAAAUUUUAUUCUACCCCUUUAUUUCUCAUCUUUUUUCUAUCAUGUAAAUCUUUAUUUCCUCCACUCUUUUCUUUAUAUCUUUAUCACUGUUAAAUUUGACCAAUGAAUUCUUUCAAUUCCCUUUUUAUUAAAUAUUUGUUUUCUUUCAUUCUUUGUUUAUGUAAUCCUCUCUUGUUAGUUCUUAAUUUCCCACAAUUCAUCUUCUCACUCUAUCCAUUAUUCCUUGUUUCUAUCAAAUAUACAGUUCAUUUCCCUUGUAGUAUUACACUUUCUCUAAAAUCCACUUUAAUCACCUAGUAUUUUGUCUUUCCCAAUGCCAGCCUUAAUUCUAAUCUUCUUAUUUGUCUAUCAUUAAAAAAAUAAUAAUCACAACUUCCAACUUCUUUUUUAAGAAAAUUUCCCUACGCAUCCCCUUUGAAGACAUCAUUGAAUAAAUGGCCCAGCGAGCCGCGACCUGAGUGUAAAAACAGUCACUAAUUUGAAAUAAUAUUUUCCCCCUUAAAAACCGAUUUGAAGACACCAUUUUGUUUAAAUGGCCAAACGAGCCGCGACCUGAGUGUUUAGUACAAGCCAUUAAUAUGGGAUAGUGUAGAGAUAGAAUUUGUACACUUUUGUUUAAUUAGCAAUGCAGUAGUUUCUGCAGAUUUAGUAUAAUUGUGGCAAAAAAUAGAGGGGGAGUCAAUGAUCAGUGCCCCCUUUAAAAAGUAAACCGAAUGUAUGUUUGUUGUGAAUUAAUAAGAACAGAUCUGAAUAUUAUUCUCAGAUUUCCCACAUACAUAAAAUAUGUCAAUUUAGUGUUUAAGCACUAGACUAUAGAUGAUGGUUGUAAUGUGAAUAAUUAGUUGUGAUGGGGGUCGGGGACCCAAAACCUUUUUUUUUUUGUAAUACCUUUGCAACAAAACAAAUAAAAAGGGCUAUAAUAAAGGGUUGGUUCCAGUAUAAUCAUAUAAACCUACAAUAUUAAUAUGAUUCACCUUACUUCUUGCUGAUUCAAUUUCAUCCCUGGUCCCUUUUUUUGGGGGGGGGGGGGAUUUGUGAUGUCAGUGAGUUCUCCUUCAUUCUUCAUCAUUGUUCAAAAGUUGGCUUCUCCAACAAAUUUGUAUUGCGUCAGAUUUGUGUUAAAUGUAUAGCACACAACUAAUGAUGAUGCUAUGAUAGGAAUGUAAAAAACAGAUAUGCUGUGUAGCUUUUUUAACCUUAGGUACUGUUAAACUCUACGUAAUUAUGUUCAUCAAACUAAUAUCUGGAAUCUUUUACAUCCAUUUUGCCCCCAAAUCAAACUCCAUCAUGUUAAAUGGUAUCUUUGGAAUGUACUAUUGUUACCACUGACAAAUAUUCAUAUAUAAUAUUUGAGAAACUUGGAAAAUGGAUAUUAUUAAUUUUGUCAGACU